AGCGCGCCUAACAGUUUUGUCUCUUUUUGAGAAGAGAAUGAGAAGUACCUCUUUCUCUAACCGGAUUUUAACGUUUCAUGUUGAUAUCAGCAGUCUGCGUGUAUCUCACCGUCUGAUGAAAGGUUGUUAGGACGCGAUAAGCGUAUUCUAGUUGAGAAAGUGUCCAAAAUCCCCUUUAUUUCGAGUGCAAAGAGAAGACAACACGCCACGGCACUAGUAACGUUAGUUACUAGCAACAACGGCUCUCUGUUUUGUCGAAGGAUGCCUGGUCCCUCCUGUUCUCUCAUCUGAAGACCGUAGGAGAGAAGUCUAGUUUAGUGAUGAAACAGGACCCCUUGACCAGAGGGGUGAACACGGGUACGCCCCUGCCAGGGAGGAGAGACUCUAUCGGGGUAUCGCUGCUGGGCAGCACCCCCUCUUCCUCCUCCAUCUCUUCAAUCUCUUCCUCCAUCUCUUCGUCUUCCUCUGGGGAAGAAAGGAGAAAGGGAGGUGGUGAGGAGUUUAUUGGCAGAGAGGAGGAAGAGGGGGAGGUGGUCAGCAUUUCCAUAGUUACCAUAGCGGAGGAGUCCUGCCCCUCGGAACCGUUCGGAACUGUCGUCGGUCACGUCGAGGUAACAGCCAAUGAGAGCGCGGCUAGGGAAAGAGAUGGCCAAUCAAAAACCUCCCACAGUACCCAGACUGAAGAAGAGGGGGUGCGGAAUGGAGAGGAAGGGGAGGAAGGUAGAAAGGAGGAUGAUGAGAAGGAGCAGGGAGAUGAAGGCGAGGAGGCAGAAGAGAUGGGUGAAGACGAGAGUGACCGUUCUGCCCUGUUAGAAGAGGAUGAAGAGGGAAGGAAGCAGGUGUUUGUCUCGGAUGAGAACUUGGAGUUGACGUCGGACAGACUGAACCCUGAAACACCUUCAUCACUCUUCGACAUCAAGAUGAAGAGGAAGUUGGACCAUGGACCAGACAUCAGGCCUUUCCCUUCAGGCAAGAAACACUGCAAAGGUUCCAAUUACCUCAGUUACUGUGGGAAGCAGAAAGCGUGGAGUGGUCCUGAGCGUCUAUUGGCUCUGGAUGAGUUGAUUGACAGCUGUGAGUCCAAUCAGGUGAAGCACAUGAUGCAGGUUAUUGAGCCUCAGUUCCAACGAGACUUCAUCUCCCUGCUGCCCAAAGAGUUGGCCCUGUAUGUCCUGACGUUCCUUGGGCCCAGAGAUCUCAUGCAUGCUGCUCAGACCUGUUCCUAUUGGAGGAUACUGGCAGAGGAUAACCUGCUGUGGAGGGAGAAGUGUAGAGAGGAGGGUAUUGAAGAACCCCUGGUUGUGAAGAGAAGAAAGACUGGGUUCCUCCACUCACCCUGGAAGAGUGGCUACGUACAACAACACCACAUAGAGAGCAACUGGAGGACUGGGGAUAUCACCUCACCUAAGGUGUUAAAAGGUCAUGAUGAUCAUGUGAUCACGUGUCUACAGUUCUGUGGUGACCUCAUAGUCAGUGGGUCUGACGACAACACUCUCAAAGUGUGGUCUGCCCUCACCGGCAAGUGUCUGCGUACAUUAGUAGGCCAUACAGGAGGCGUGUGGUCCAGUCAGAUGAGUGGUAACAUCGUUAUCAGUGGGUCGACAGACAGGACUCUGAAGGUUUGGGACGCGGAGAGCGGAGAGUGUGUCCACACCCUGUACGGACACACCUCUACUGUACGCUGUAUACACCUGCAUGACAAACAGGUUGUGAGCGGUAGCCGUGACGCUACGUUGCGUCUGUGGGACAUAGAUUCUGGCGAGUGUCUCCACGUCCUGACGGGUCAUGUGGCGGCGGUGCGGUGCGUCCAGUAUGACGGGCGCAGGGUGGUCAGCGGAGGAUAUGACUUCAUGGUUAAAGUCUGGGACCCUGAGACAGAGACCUGUCUACACACACUGCAGGGACACACUAACAGAGUCUAUUCACUACAGUUUGACGGUGCCUACGUGGUCAGUGGAUCUCUGGACACCUCCAUCAGAGUAUGGGACGUAGUGACGGGGGCGUGUGUCCACACGCUGACCGGCCACCAAUCGCUGACCAGCGGUAUGGAACUGAAGAACAACAUUCUGGUGUCUGGCAACGCUGACUCGACUGUCAGGGUCUGGGAUAUACUGACUGGACAGUGUCUCCACACACUACAAGGUCCCCAUAAGCACCAGUCGGCAGUAACCUGUCUCCAGUUCUCUCGUUCCCUGGUGGUCUCUUCAUCAGAUGACGGGACAGUGAAGCUGUGGAGCCUGGCGACGGGGGAGUGGAUCAGAGACCUGGUGGCUCUGCAGAGUGGAGGGUCAGGGGGAGUGGUGUGGAGGAUCAGGGCGUCUAACACCAGGCUGGUAGCAGCAGUUGGCAGCAGGAACGGGACAGAGGAGACUAAACUCAUGGUGCUGGAUUUUGACCUCACUGACAACCACAAGUGAUGUCAUCAAAGAGGGACGGGGUUUCAUCAGGAGAGGAGGUCAUGUCAUUGGAUAAGGAUGUGCGGUAACCAAUAUCCUCAUAAGUGGAAGGAGAACUUGUGAUGACGAUGAUGAUAAUGAGAGGGGAGAUGGAGGAGGUGUCGUUUGACAGAGGAACAUGUAAGAAUCCUCAAAUGGAAGGACUGAGUGCCAUUUUAAUAGGAGGUACCAACAUACCACAAACCAGGAGACGACUCAGAAAUGUCCCACAUUUUCUCACCACAUCCCUGCGGAAACAUUUUCUGGCUGACCUAAAACACUGCUGGAAACUGGUAUAAUGGUGAAGAACCGGUACACAGGAUCAACUUUGAAUCUUCUGCGACCGGAGAAAUCCAUGAGGUCCCACUAAGGCCAUACGACUAACUGACAGGCCAUACGACUAACUGACAGGCCAUACGACUAACUGACAGGCCAUACGGCUAACUGACAGGCCAUACGGCUAACUGACAGGCCAUACGGCUAACUGACAGGCCAUACGGCUAACUGACAGGCCAUACGGCUAACUGACAGGCCAUACGGCUAACUGACAGGCCAUACGGCUAACUGACAGGCCAUACCGCUAACUGACAGGCCAUACCGCUAACUGACAGGCCAUACGGCUAACUGACAGGCCAUGCGGCUAACUGACAGGCCAUGCGGCUAACUGACAGGCCAUACGGCUAACUGACAGGCCAUACGGCUAACUGACAGGCCAUACGGCUAACUGACAGGCCAUACGGCUAACUGACAGGCCAUACGGCUAACUGACAGGCCAUACGGCUAACUGACAGGCCAUACGACUAACUGACAGGCCAUACGACUAACUGACAGGCCAUACGGCUAACUGACAGGCCAUACGGCUAACUGACAGGCCAUACCACUGACUGACAGGCCAUACCAAUGACUGACAGGCCAUACGACUAACUGACAGGCCAUACCACUAACUGACAGGCCAUACGACUAACUGACAGGCCAUACGACUAACUGACAGGCCAUACCGCUAACUGACAGGCCAUACCGCUAACUGACAGGCCAUACGGCUAACUGACAGGCCAUACGACUAACUGACAGGCCAUACGACUAACUGACAGGCCAUACGACUAACUGACAGGCCAUACGACUAACUGACAGGCCAUACGGCUAACUGACAGGC